UUCCCAGAAAGUGAGUCUCUGGAAGUUGAGAACCAAUUGCCUGAAGAAUCAGAGACAAAUCUCUUAUCAAAUCCUGGAGAGACAGCUACUUCAGUUGAUGACCAGGUAAGUGAAGGAGACAACUUGCUUGACCACACAUCCUUCCAGGAUCUAAAUCCACAGCCUCAGGAAAGAACAAAUCAAGUUAUACCCCAAGAGACUCAUUCUGAAGCAGAAAUGGGCAAAAUGGUCUUGUGUCAUGAUGUCCCAAAGCCACAGCCACAGCAAGAAGGGAUUCCCAGUCCUGCUUCUCCUCAGCCAGCCCAUCCUCUGGGAGAACUUGAAGAUCAGCACUUAAUACUUGAUGAAGACCCUGCACCAGCUUUCCCCCUGCCAGGAACCCAGGAGGACAAUUUGAAAAGCACGUGGGGACAAGAAGCUGGUGAAAUAGAUCAUGAACUUGUUACAUUAUUACUGGAAGGAACAGAUGUAGCAAAUGCAUACGUUAAAGACAUCAUUCAUUUGAAGAAUUGCCAUGAUUGGAAUGUACUUCGUAAUUUUCUUAGGGAAAACCAACAGUAUCCAAAGAUAAAAGACCUAGUUAUUACCCAACCCAGUAGCAGCCUGCUUGCCACUCAGGGUGAUGUGAAGGUACCUAAAGUAGUUUUUGACUAUUCCAAACUGACUCCACUUGACAAGCCAUGCUUCCUCCAAGCUGCUGACCUCUUGAUGGCUGAAUUCAAGAUGCUCAGCAAUCAAGACAUCAAGUGGGCCCUCCAUGAGCUCAAAGGACACUAUGCAAUCACUCGAAAGGCCCUUUCUGAUGCUAUUGAAAAAUGGCAAAAGGAAUCAUCUGAACCCAGUGGAAAACAGAAAAAGAAGAAAGGAAUGAAUCAGUCUUUCAUAGAUUUCAAAUUUGAACAGGGCAACAUAAAAAUAGAAAGGAGGAUGUUCAUUUUGGAAAACAAGCGUCGACACUGUAGAUUCUAUGACCAGAAAGACCUCCUUCCAGCUGUGCAGCAAGAGCAGGAAUUCUAUGAGCAGAAAAUGAAAGAGAAGGCAGAGCGUGAAGACUGUUUGCUUGCCCUGCAGACGAAUACAGACCAGUAUGAAAAUUAUGGACAGCUGACUGAGUGUGUAUGCUGCUAUGGGGAGCUUGAAUUUGCGGAGCUGACACAGUGGUCCGAUGGUUACUUGUUGUGCAAAGAAUGUCUCAUCAGAUUUGCCCAAGGGGCAGAGUUGGUGUCUGGAAAGUCAGAACUCAGCUUCAUGGAACGCACCUGCACAUCUUUCUUCCCAACCAGUGAACUGGAGAAGGUGCUCCUCCCGAACAUCCUGUCCAACUACUAUGAAUGGAGAGCUGAAGAAGAAGUCACUGGAGCCUGUGCUGAUGAGCUCGUCAGGUGCCCCUCUUGUGGCUUCCCUGCUCUGUUGGACAAGGAUGUGAAGAGAUUCAGCUGCCCUAAUCCUCGCUGCCUGAAGGAGACCUGUAGGAAGUGUCAGGGACUCUGGAAAGAACAUUCUGGCCUCACCUGUGAAGAGCUGGCUGAAAAGGAUGACAUCAAGUACCGGACACCUAUUGAAGAAAAAUUGGCUACUGCUCGCAUUAGAAAAUGCCCCCAGUGUGGCACCAGCCUCAUCAAAUCCGAAGGCUGCAAGCACAUGUCUUGCUGCUGUGGUGCCCAUAUGUGCUACCUCUGUCGAGUUUCUAUGGAUGACCAUGACCAUUUCUGCCAGCAUCCCCUCUCUCCAGGAGCCUCCUGCCAGAAAUGUACCAUGUGCUCCCUCUGGACAGCCACUACUAAAGACGACGAAAAGCUGAUUAAGGAAAUUGAAAAGGAGGCUGAAGAGGAGCAGAGAAGGAAGAAGGGAGAAAACACAUUCAAAUGCAUCGGCCCUCCACUGGAGAAGACAGCCAAGAAAGUGGGAGCCCUGAGAGGCCUGCCCAACUUGGGUGUCAACUAUGACUUUGGAAACAUGCAUGAGCAAAUGGAUAGUGGUGAUGGUGAUGACAGUGAUGCUGAUCGUGGUGAUUAUUAUGAUGGACUUGAUGAUAUGUUUCUCUUUUGA